GCAAGUUCCGCUUUUCCGAGAAUUUCACAACCCCGACUUCACAACACUGAUGGUUAUUUCAUGUUUCAAAAUACUAAAGCAAGCGGUAUGGUUCGUAAAACGUGGCUUAUUUGCCAUGUUUGUCGAUAUACAGGAUUAUGCCAAAUAUAAGUACAGAAAAAGUGCUUAUAUUUCACGUUGUUUGACUUUAUUGAUCAAUUUCAAUAGCCACAGUUUUCUCGGAACGGCGGUGACGUUGUAGUGGCAUGUUGUCCUUUUAGGUCCAGCACUCGAAAGGCAAGGUGGACAAAUUCAAGUUCUUUUCUUCGAAAAUUUAAAAGGGAGCAAUAAUUUCAAGCAAAUUCUACGUGUAAACAAGAAAAGAUGACAGCGCCACGCAAGUUUCAUCUGUUUAACUGUGACCGUGUUUACAAGCUUGACUCCAUCGAAGAUCUGUUGAUGGCUUCGAAAGCGAAACUUGGCUUUGAAUUCUCCGUUGAGAAGCACUACUUCCCGCUAUCAGAAAUACCCAAGUUAAGCAGACAAACUAUUCCAGAACUACAGAUUGAUUUUGCCAUUCUAGCUGUUCAUGCGAACGAAUCUCGCCUCUCAAUCAACGAAAACACUGGAGGUGGCUACACGGAAGUGUACAGAGCUUUACUGCAGGCAACUGGGGAGAAUGUGAUCGUUGUUAUCGGAGGAGAUGACAACUACAAGAACGAAACCGAGGAAGAACAGUCUGUCAUCUCGCGCUGGGCUUGGAGAAAAAUUGCUCGGUCUCAGUUUAGUGAGGAGUUUAUUGAUGGAAGGAAAAGCUUCGUCUUUUCUUGGAACAAAAAGCACAAAGCGAUUCACGAGGAAGCACUGCUGCAUUACUUUGAUCCAAACAAGAAAGGACAGAAGUUUGAAUAUCAACCGCGCAAAAUGGACCUUCCGCCAGAUCCUGUAGCUGCACACGAAGUUGUGAUUGCAAAUGAUGAACGGGCAUCGCGGGAAAACAAACCGGAACAUCCCUUAAGUCAAGUGGAUGUUGCUCGAGAGGAAAAAUUGAAUGGCCUUUCUUUAGACGGUGUUUCUAGCGGCGUUAUCAUAGAAAGGGCUGUCAUUCAUCGCACUGCAGAAGGAGCCCAAGCCAAAGCGACAGUUCCUCUCAUAACCAAAGAAGAACGCGAGCCAGAAGAUUUGGUAGUUCUUGGCUGCAAUGUAUCGGCAGAAUCAAUGCAGGCCGUUAGGAACGUUAUCGAGCACAUUCGUCCUAGACUUAACUUGUCAAGAUACCUGCCAGUCAAAAACUUCUCACCGGUUGAUAUCAAGUCUUAUUUGAAGAGAAACCCUGUCAGGUUCUGUGUGCUGGUGGUGGAUGAAGUAACAUUACGAAAUGCUAACGAGUGUUCACCCGAACGUAAAUUUGCGUUGGAGGAACUUAUAAGAACUGCAGCAGAUAACGUUGUUGACAAGCUUAUCUUUACGAUUUCUUGCCCCUCUCACGUUCCAUCAAGGGAAGAAGAUAUCUUUGCACACACUGUUGAAGGCAUCCUCAAAGAAACGGGAAAGGGACUUACUGUGUGGUUGGAAGACGGAAAACUGAACGUGGAACCCGAUGUCUUGAUGCAGCUAAUGCUUCAGACCUCAACAAUGGAAGAGACAAAAGGAAGAGAGAGGUAUCAAGGAGAAUUCCCAACACCAGCCAAUGUUGCGUCUGAAACAAGCCAAUCCAAGCCGCGAGAACAGUUUGCAGGUCCUCCACGACAGGAACGUUACCAUGAAACUCACCCCGGUGACUUGCCUGAAAGACAACUCGUCAAGCCACCACAGCUCCAUUUACCAGCAACUCUAAACUAUGGAGGACUACAGCUAGACGCCAAUGAGGUCUUGAUGCUUAAAACGCGAAUCCGUUAUGGCAAAAUUUCUUUUGAACCGGGGGAUGUCGAAUUCACCUAUCCUGGCUGGAUAAUUCCCCAGCAUCUCGUGGAAAGCCUGAAGCGUGAGCAGUUUGCGACAGAUGAUGGCGAGCUAUUUGUCAUCUCUGACGAAAAAGGAAACUUCAAGUCCACAGCGCGAAUUAACAGAAUGCCGUUUAUGGGAAAAUGUUUACUCGUUUAACUUAUAUAUUAUGACUAACAGCUUUCGGCAUAUAAUCAUUACUUUUGUUACAGUUUAACUAGUUUAGUUUUUGGGCUCGUGAGAAAGAAGAUUUCAAAAGUUUUCGUUCUUUGAUUUAAGAUUUGAGAAUAAGGUCUUAUUACAACUGUUGGUUUGAUAACGUAUUGACCUUGUUAAAUAGGCGAUUUAGGCAGUACAACUUUGUCUAUGCGACCUUUGUGGCAUGCGCAUAUUCGGUUUACCUUGUAAGGUUGUCCUCUUUUCCUGAAAUUCCGGAAAAAAGCUGUUCCGUGAUUGGUCGCUGGAAAUCCCCGGAAAUUUCUUCUGUUGAAGCUCGUUGAGUAACUA